AUGAGUGAAUUUGCAUCAUCUGUUAGUUCACAAACAGCAAGCUGGUUUGAAUUUUUACUUAAUCCAACAUUGAUAGAUACGUUCUUAACAGAAGAUAAUCUCGACAUAACUGGUACUGAUUUGAUCAUUCAAUUUUUAAUUAGUGCAAAUUUAAUUGAACAAAAAACAAAACUUAAAACAGCCACGGAAAAUCCAAAUGAUAUCGAAUUGAAAGAUAAUCGAAUUCGAGCAUUGAGACAUUUGGCAAUAAAGAUAGCUGCUAAACUUAAUUGGGAUUUGGUAGUUAUUGAAAAACGCAUUCCAGUUGCAGUCGCUUCAGAUCUUAUUCAUUGUUUUGUACGAUUGACAACUCAAACUGAUAAAAAUUACAAAGAUCGUGAACAAUUACAAUUAUUAAGUAAAGUAGACGAGCCAGCACUAUUUGCUGUACAAUUAUUACAUCGAUGGACUGUAAGAACAGUUGUUCAAUCAUCGUUUCCGAUGAAACCAAUAAAAAUCUUUCAAGUCAAUGUAGCUGGCUAUGUAAAUCCAUUGCAACAUAUGCGCGGACCUAAUGAGAAUGUCAUAGAGAUGGCACGUGCCAAGGUGAGAGAAAGUAUCCAAGCAUUAGAAGUUUUGCUAGAAUGCAAAUCAGCCGUACGCAUACCUGUAGAUGCGUGUUUUGAUUUAAUUGAUAUUGAAAAUGGCCUAGUACCAUGUGAUUGGUCACGUACACAAGUCUAUCCGCUUGUUGAAUGUACUGCAAGGAUUGCUUAUGAUCUUGGUUCAAUAUAUUUUUAUGAACAAAAUUAUGUUAAUGCUUAUACAAUGUUUCGACGUGUGCAUGAUUUAAAAAGUCAACUGGAACCAUCAAAUUAUUUUUCAUCGUUAGAUGGUUAUUUAACAUCACUUCAAUCGAUAAAUCCUUCAAUGGAACAAAGUCUUUUAACUAAAACUAAAGAGCGCUUUCUAAUGGGCAUACCACCACCGCGAGCUUCUGUUGAAGAUUAUAUUUCAAUAUUAGCAGAAGAUAACGAAAGAAAAGAAAUGACUAUGGCUGCUCGAUAUCGAUUAGAAGAACGUCAUGAAGUUGGAUCACAACAAUAUAAAAUUGUAUGUUCAUUUAAUCUUGUUCGAUGUUUACUCGAUGGUAGACCUACAAAUACUCAAUAUGGAUUUGAUUAUCUUGAAACAGCUCUUCAACGAUUAAAACAAGUGACACCAAAACAACAAUUAUUAUUGAACAGUUUUUUAAAAAUUAAUUUUUAUAAUUUAACAAAAAGUCUACAAGAACAAUUACGUCUGGAUAAGCUUGCUCAUCUUGUUGGUCCAAACUUUUCUACUCCUACUUGGCACACAAGAAAGCAACAAACAACACCAAGAUCUUAUUUACUUGAAAGACCUAAUGGUUCAGCUCAGUUUAAAUGUCAAACACGUCUACUACAUUCUUUUGAACCUGAAAUACUCUUACAAACUAUAACAGAAUUAGAUAAUGCAAAACUACCACAAAUAUUUAUUGAACUAUUUCCACCGUCAAUAAUGCAAUCACCUAUUGAUCAAUCAUUGAAUAUGAUUUUGAAUACAAAUCAUUUACUUGGACAAUUAAUUCGCAUUCUUCAUGAAAAAGCUAAACGAGCAAAAUUAUAUAAUAAUCAUACUCAAAGUCGUAUAUUAUUAAGUCAAGCUAUUGAUAUUCUUAGUCCACUUCAUCAUCAAGAUAUAUCGAUUGGACAAGUAGUUAAAUAUCUUCAUUAUGAUCGAUUAUUAUUUGAUUUAACGGAGUCGAUAUCAAAACAAACAUUUCUUGAUAAUGAAAAUAAUUUAUGGGAAAAAUGCCAAAGUUUUUUGAAAGAAAAUCAUUCGGACAAUGAUGUUAAUACAGAUCUGGUACGUGUUGCAUUAGCAUAUGCAUUGUCAAGAAAUGAAAUUCAAUUUAUACAAUCGUUAAUACAAACGGGACGUCGAACACGUUUUUAUCUUGAUUUAGCCAAAGUUUUUGCACGUUUAUUAAAUAAUGAAAAUCAACCACAAAUACGUCCUGAACUUAUACGUGAAUUAUGGGAUAGAAUAUUAGAUAUACUGUCAGAUAAAUUACAAGGACCAGGUGGUAUUAAGCAAUCGAGAAAUCGUCAUCAGCAAUCAAAUACUUUAAAUGAUAAAUUAUCUGUUGUUGAUCUACAAAAAUUUCUUAUAAAUAUUCAUCAUCCAAUUUUAAUGCAACUCAUAUUUUCACUUUUAUCACGUCUCUAUUCACUAAUAUUAGUUGAACAAUCACAUGUCGAUAUUUAUUCUGAAUAUUCACGUUAUUGGCCAACAUCUAUUGAUUAUCGGCAACGAUCAAUACGUACAUCUACAGUAGCACAACUUAUACAAGCUCUAUUUGAACAUAUUCAAGCAUUUAAAUAUUUACCUAUACAAAUAAAAUCUUCUUUAUAUCGAACACAAGCUGAUAUUUAUUUGACUUUACAACAAUAUACGCAAGCAAUGCACAUCUAUAUUGAUGCAAUAUCGAUUGAAACAGCUAUUUUUUCGUCGGCAGUAAUCAGUCAACAAGAUGAUGCAAUGAUUAGAAAUAUGAUUAAAGCUGCAUUACAACUUGGUUAUCAUACUCAAGUUGCUUGUAUAUGUCAAUUACUUCCAACGCCAGAUUAUAAUAUUAUAUUUAAAACAUUACAAGAAAAUUAUAUGAAUGAUGAUAUUGACGAUUAUUAUGAAUGUAUUUGGGAUUUAGCAUUAUUAGAAAGCUUAAUAAAUAAUCUGAGUUUACGUGGAUAUGAAGAUAAAAAAAGAUUAGCGAUUCGAAUAUGUAAACAAAAAGAUUUAAAUGGAAACAAUUCCGAUGAAAUACGACUUCGUAUGAUCCGUGUUAAACGACGACUUCUAUUCAAACAAUUAUUUGCUCAUUAUCUUUUACCUCAUUGUCGCCUAUAUCGAUCACGAGCUAUGAUGAAAUUUCAUUACCAACAAAUCACUUUCGAUUAG